CGCUGGCCUUUUUUCCAAAUUGAGCUUGCGGACGAAGAAGACAACAAUGCCGCUCUGAAACCCGCCAAUCGCACCAUUAUAUGUAGCCUGUACUCGCCUACUUCUCCACGAGCAUUGCCCUCUCUUUCCUUUGUUGACCAACCACGUAUCCCCCCACUGGAUUGCCCACUGACGCCGCCGUCCCCGCCAAAGCUGUCGCUCUCCUCGCUGACGUAGUAGGCAGAGGGCUCUCCACAAGACUCGAGCUGAAACUUUCGGUGCAAGGAAGAUGCAUCACCCCACACUCUGCGCCUAUGCCGCCGCGCUGCUGGCCGCCGCCCUCCCCGGCGCGCAGGCUGGCAUGUACCCCAAAAGCUCCGCCGUCCUCCAGGUCAACGGCAAGACUUACCAAGACUUGGUUGCCAAGUCCAACCAAACGACUAUACUCGAGUUCUACGCGCCAUGGUGCGGGCACUGUCAAAACCUCAAGCCUGCCUACGAGAAGGCCGCCAAAAACCUCGAGGGAUUGGCCAAGGUGGCGGCCAUCGACUGCGACGAUGAUAGCAACAAACCCUUCUGCGGCACUAUGGGCAUCCAGGGCUUCCCGACCCUGAAGAUAAUUCGCCCAGGCAAGAAGGCAGGCAAGCCGGCCGUCGAGGACUACAAUGGUCCCCGCACCGCUGCCGGCAUCGUCGAUGCUGUUGUGGAGCGCAUGAAUAACCACGUCAAGAGGGUUACCGACAAGGACCUGGAUGACUUCCUCGGCACGAACGAGGGCCCCAAGGCCAUUCUGUUCACGGACAAGGGCACCACUAGCGCGCUUCUCAAGGGCGUUGCCAUCGACUUUCUCGACGCCAUUUCCGUGGCCCAGAUUAGGAACAAGGAAACCAAGGCGGUCGAGAAGUUCGGCAUCGACAAAUUCCCCACACUGGUUCUGAUCCCGGGAGACGGCAAGGACCCAAUCAAGUACGACGGCCCAAACAAGAAGCCGGACAUGGUGAAGUUCCUGUCCCAGGCCGCCGCUCCGAACCCCGACCCAGCACCCUCGAGCGGGAAGAAGUCGGAAAAGAAGAAGGCAGAGAAGAAGACGGGCAAGGACAAGAAGGAGAAGGCCAGCAAGAAGGGGGCUGAGCCCGAGAAGAAGGCCUCGGCUGACACCCCCACCGACUCCGCUGAGGCUGGGUCCGAGACUGUCAAAGCGCCCGUCAUAAUCGAGGCUGCGCCGCCUGUGCCGACUAUACACAGCGCCGAGAAGCUGGCCAAGGAGUGUCUGAAUGAAAAGUCAAACACGUGCGUGCUCGCGUUCGUGCCCGGCGCCGACGACAAGAGCGAUGAUGCCACCGCUGCGCUCACGGUGCUCGCAGAACUAGCUUUCAAGCACGCCCAAAGCAAGCGCAAGCUGUUCCCCUUCUUCGCCGUCCCAUCCCCCUCCAACCUGGGCGCGCAGGCGGUCAUCAAGGCGCUGGAGCUCACCAAGCCCGUCGAACUCGUCGCCAUCAAUGCACGCAGGGGCUGGUGGAAGCACUACCAAGGCGCCGACUUUGCGCCAAACAGCAUUGAGUCCUGGAUCGACUCCAUCCGUCUGGGCGAAGGUGCCAAGAACAAGCUGCCUGGGGAUCUGGUCGCCGCUACCGUACCCGAGGCCGAGGCCACGCCGUCUCCCGCACAGGAGUCAAGCUCAUCGUCGGACACCAAGGCCACCGACCCGAUCCCCGACUCCGAGACGGCGAAGCCUUCGGCACACGACGAGCUGUAACGACACUGCUUGUUGGUGCCGUUGCUUCUGUAAUGUUAGUUUGUUCUCGGUUGAGCGCGAUGGGACGAAGACCAGAAAAUAGGCUCUGAAUUGAAGGUCCAUGUUGAUCAGCCAAGGAGAGUGAUUGCCGUACCUUGAUGAUGCUGAAUCC